UUUUAUGCUCAUCUAAUAAAAAUGUUUGUUUUAUCUCACAAAUAAGGUAGCUGGUAAUGGUAUUAGACUGCAGCAACUUAUAAACUAUGAGUGAUGUCUUCAUAGGCGAUUUCAGUGUGUGGAAUGUUACUUUUAUGUUCCACUGGUGUAAUUGACAACUAUACUAACCUAGCGGACCAUGGCAUAGAGUUAAAGCGAAGCAGUGGGUCUUGGCGGUGAAUUCGGCUUGCAUUAGUCUCAUCUAGCAGAUAAGAAGAAGAAGAAAGUAUCAUUUCUAUAGCGCCUCUCAAGAUAAAAAUCACGAGGCAAACAAAAACGAACAAAUAACAAAAACGCUAUAUUCGCUGAUUUUCAUGCUAUCAUUUCAGUUAGGAUGCGUGACUGGGUCAAGUUACACUUACUAAGAUACUCAAGCUAAGUCCUUAAAGCUUUUAUUUUAUAGUGAUUCGGGAUGAUACUGAGAUGAGUGUUUUUUUCUAUUGUAAUGCCAAUAUAACAGAUUUUAAAACUGGGAAUUACCUGUAAAAAGUGCAACCUUCUCUGUGCUUUGAGGUCCACAAUAUGCUGGUGAAUGAGCGGCGAAAUGGAGGAGGAAAAAAGAGGAAACACCCUAGUGCAGAUGGAAGUGGAGAAGAAAAAAAGAGGAAGAGAGGUGAAGAAAAACAUAAAGGUCAAGGAGAGGGUGAGAAGAUCCGAUUGGAUGCUCUGAGUGUUGGAUAUUUCCGCCGGGUUGGAGAAAGACUCAGUGAAGAAUUCCAGGAUAAUGAGGAGAGAGAGAUGUUUGUGGAGAACGUCCUCUCAGAGGUGAAGGGGAAAGCCUCCCUGGUGGCGAUGGACAGAACAGGAAGCAUCACUCUGCAGCGCCUGCUCCCUCUGGCCACCUUUGAACAGGUGGGGGGUGUACUGGCCGAGCUGGGUGGAGAAUCGGGAUCAGGGUUUAAGGUCGUAUCAUGUGACCGGUGUGGGGGCCACGUGGUGGAGAGCGCACUCAGACAGAUGUCCAGGUGGAGUGAAGCAUCACAGGAGGACCCAUCUGCCACCACAGAAGAAGAAGAAGAAGAGGCAGAAGUUGGGUUGUUGGAAACACAGGUGUUGUGUUUGAGUCAGGUGAUCAGAGACAACAGCUCUGAGUUCAUCAGACACGUUCACGGCUCCCACGUGGUCCGCACUCUUAUGCACGUGCUGGGGGGGUGCCUUGGACCCCCUCGCACCGAGGCUCGUCCAGGUGGGAAAGAACGCAGAACUGCCCCUCAGCUGACUGAUUUUGAGAUCCCCACCUCAUUCUGGUACGAGCUGAAGAGCCUCACAGAGGCCUUGAUGGAAAACAUCCAACUGAGUGUCAGAGAUGCUGUUGCCAGUGCCGUUUUCCAGACCAUGCUGACCGUCUGUCACAGAAAACGUCCCAAACUCUGCAAACAGCUGCUCAAGCGCAUCACCGAGUACCUGACGGGUCACAGUGCUGCUCCUGGGGUCAGUCCCCUCCUGGUCUUUCUGAAGGACCAAGCCUCCAGCCACCUCAUAGAGACGAUGAUUCAGUUCUCCCACAAGUCUCUCCUGCGUGACCUCUACAAGCACCACCUGAAGGGUAACCUGGUUGAUCUCGCCCUCCAUGCCAUCGCUAACUUCCCCAUACAGCGGCUGACGGCAGCCUCAGCCAAGCAUAAACAUUUCAUCAGGUUGUUUGACGAGCUGGUUCAGGGGGUGGAAGCCAUCUUGGCCUCCGGUCACAUGGGUGUGAUCGUCCAGCUGGCAGAGAGCUGUGCAGAAAGUGGAGAGAGACAGGAUGAGAUGAUGCAGUGCCUUCUCCAAGCUUUCCACUGCGCUGAGCCCGGGUCUCGACACGUCAGCUGCCUCCCACUCUUCAUGUCCCUGCUCACCUACGAGGUGUAUUACCAGUCUGAAGCAGCAGAGGGCAGCACACAGAAAGAGGUUCCCCUGACCUCCAUCUGUUACCACGGCUCCCGACUGGUGCAGGCACUGGCUAAGUUCAAGGAGCGCUCCCUCCUCCUCAGCAGCCUCCGCACCAUGAGCCCUGCUGACCUCCUCACUCUGGCUUCUGAUCCUGCUGGCAGCCACGUCCUCCAGGCCCUCAUCACCACAUCCAGUGACAAAGGCAAGGGCAAAAUCCUUAAAAGACUAGAGGGCCAGUAUGUCCAAAUGGCCUCCUCGAGGCUCGGCAGUCGGGUGCUGGAAGCCGUGUGGAACAGCUGCACAGUCAGUCAGAGAAAAAGCAUCGCUCAAGAACUCGCUCCAUGUGAGACCCAGCUGCGGGCGGACCAGUUCGCUCGUCACGUGUGGGCAAAGUUUGCCCUCUCUCACUUUGUGCAGAGAAGAGCCCAUUGGCAGGAAAUCCAGACGGGCGAGUCCAGGAAGCGGAAGAUGUUCAGUGACAUUCUAGAAUGAGAAGUUUUUAUUUGUUUAUCCUCUGUUCUUUGUGCAAGUAAAUGAAAAUAUAUAAAGUUUCAAUCAUCGCUGA